UUUAUGUAUAUGGACAGAGAAUAUAGGAAUUUUCUGGUAAUUUAGCAAACCAGUGACCAGCCCGCAAACAGAUAUGUCAGAAUGUGGAAGGGAGUUGUACACCUUACCCUGCCUCUCCAGUUAGCCACAUUCACGGAAUAUGUAGUAGCAAGUUAUAAGGAGAUACUGUUUGAUAUUUAAAAAGUGAAUUUUGGUCACCUCUAAAUUCAGUGAACGACCUGAAAGUAGGAAGCAAACUUUUACAGUAUUAGUUUCAGUAAUCCCUGCUCAAAUGGCUCGAUUUGAAAACGGUCGACGGCCAUCAGACACUGUCAGUUUACAAACUGUUGGUAGCCAAUUUGAUGAGGAAAGUUCUCUUGGUUCUGACUCCGAGAUCAACGGAUUUACCACCGACAGACAAACGGAUAAAUAUGGCUUUAUCGGAGGUUCGCAGCAGUAUUCCGCAGAAUCGGCUCAGGAUGUGCCGCCAGAGGUUUUGCGGCAGAGGGAGGUGAAAUGGCUUGAUAUGUUGAACCACUGGGACAAAUGGAUCACCAAGAGAUUCAAGAAGGUGAGAUUGCGCUGUCAGAAAGGGAUCCCUCCAUCACUGAGAGGGAGAGCCUGGCUUUACCUGUCAGGAGGAAAGGUGAAGAGAGAACAGAAUAGCGGGAAGUUUCAGGAGUUAGAUGCCAUGGAGGGAGAUCCCAAAUGGCUAGAUGUCAUUGAGAGAGAUCUUCACAGACAGUUUCCCUUUCAUGAGAUGUUUGUGUCUAGAGGGGGACACGGUCAGCAGGAUCUGCUGCGCGUGUUGAAGGCCUACACCCUGUACAGACCGGAUGAAGGUUACUGCCAGGCACAGGCUCCCAUAGCUGCAGUGUUACUCAUGCACAUGCCUGCUGAGGAUGCGUUCUGGGGCCUGGUGCAGAUCUGUGAAAAGUAUCUUCCUGGUUACUACAGUGCAGGCCUGGAGGCUAUUCAGCUGGAUGGGCAGAUCUUGUUUGCCUUGCUGAAGCGGGUGUCUCCUUUAGCGUUUCGGCACUUGGAAAAACACAAAAUUGAACCCAUCCUCUACAUGACAGAGUGGUUCAUGUGUGCCUUUUCCAGAACACUGCCCUGGUCGUCUGUGCUCAGAGUCUGGGACAUGUUUCUGUGUGAUGGCGUGAAGAUAAUAUUCCGAGUGGGACUGGUGUUACUGAAGUGCAUGUUGGGCACUCGAGAGAAGCUGAAAGCUUGUCCUGGUCAGUAUGAGACCAUGGAGCUCCUGAGAACCUUGGAUCCAAGAUAUAUGCAGGAGGGCUUCCUUGUAUACCAGAUAUUAGAGUUGCCGGUGUCCGCGCGCGACAUUGAACGAGAGCAUCGCAGUCAGCUCAAACGCUGGAAGAAAACUCAUGGCGAACUCAGCUACAAUGCCGCUCCCAGAAUGCACGGCGCUCAGGCCGUCAUGGCGUCGGAACCACACAGUCGACAGGACCUUCGUCAGAAUCCCACAAUCGUCGUUCGGUAUCCCCCUGAGCCCGCCCCGUCAGACCUCACUCCGCAAUCCAGCUUCCUCAGGAAGAAGGGAACCUUGAGGAAAACUCCGGCUCCGAUUCCAGACAUUCCGAACCCUUACGCUUUACCGUCCGACGUCCCCCCUGCCCAACCAGAGAAAGAACCACUCAUCAACCAACCAUCACAGCAAGGACCUCAUCCAGAGGAUUCGUCCAUUACCAAUCAGUUGCCCCAAUCUCUGCAACAGCUUUCAGUGACCAAUCAGACACCUGAGUCUGCACCACAGCCAAACUCAAUAACCGACCAGCCCGAAAAACCAUCCUCGUUCAUCCAGCCUUCAUCAAACCCCCCACCUGCCAACCCACCUUCUCCACAUCAGGACGCCCAGCAGGUGACACACAACGACCAGCCCCCUCCGCCUGCACCAAGCCCGUCUCCUAACAGACAGUCACCUCAGACUUUGCCAAAACUUCCUGAAGAUGACCCUACCCCUCAGCCACCUUUGACUAUGGCGUGGCGCUCUCACCUCAAAAACCCCACCCCCGAUGUUCCCGACGCUCCUCCUCCUCCUCCUCCUCCUCUUCCUCUCUCUCAGGUUCCCUCCAACUCCCUCACAGACCAAGCUCCAGUCACAGAUAAUACAGGGCCUCUCCCCGGUGACCAGCUGCCUGUAACGGACUCACUCCCCGUUGCUAAGGAAGAAAGUCAGGUUCCAGACGAUCUUCCUGCUCCCCCUAAAGACUCGUCACGCCGUAGUUCAGUUCAGAGUGAAAGCAGCACAGAGCAGGACACAUACCUGUAGUCCUUCAGCCAACGCACACCCCCCCCCCCCCCCCCCCCCUCACCUGAGAAAAAUGGGGAUGGAAACGCCAGCAGCAAGUGAAUUGUUGUCUAAGUGGUCAGUACUAGUAAACCAUCCUCAAAGAAAGAAAUUACACACACACACAAAAAAAAUAAACAAACAGACAUGGGGAUGUCUCAGGAUGAUUAGACUGGUAAUUCCAGGGUAGGUGUUUUUCAAAUGGGUCUUUGUUAAGCAAUCCAGCGAGUUAUAUGAACAAUAUGGGUUUUUUGGGGGGUUUUUUUUCAAACAUUACAGACUUUUCAGUGUCGCUGUCUACUAUUGAGUCACGGGAGCGUAUUAUAAAAUAAAUAAACGAAUUGGUCGGACCGAUUCAGCACAACAAUGGACCUUCUGUUAACCACAGCCUAAAAGCUACAGCCCCACCAGAUAUUUCACUUCUUACUUUUCUUUGCCCACACACACAUACAGAGAGAGAGAGAGAGAGAAACUGUUACCUUUGCCACAUGGAACUAAAGUUCAGAUUCAUUAUGUGGACACCAUGCUUACUCACAGCUCUUAAACCCCACAGUAUGGAGCAACGCACAAAAAAAUAAAACACGUCUCAGCAUAACUUCUUUCUCUUAACUAACCACAGGAGACUGGUAACCCUGGUAACCCCCUUAGCCUAUCAGUUAGUAAGACGAGGUUGCCGGACUGCUUUUAGAUAUCCGGCAAUCUCAGGUCAGUGAAACGGAUGGAUAUGAAUGCUACUAAAGAGAUUUUGCACACACAACCUGGUCUCUUCCUUCCUAACGUUCAGUGAUUCUUACGCUAGGUGUGUGACGUUAAACAGCUCUCCCUAAACACACACACACACACACACACACACUUACCUUGGAAACGCAGCACAGCUCCAGUUCAGUGUUAUGUCGGGUAGUUCUGUUCUUGUGUUAGCACUGAUCUGAAUAUAACUGGAUUGGCAGAGGAAAAAAUGAAUGCAUCUUUUCGUAGCCUUUUUUUUUUUCCCUGUUGUUUUAUACAAUUUUGAUACCAAAGGUUUGAAGACUGAUUUGUCCUGAGUAGUGGGAUGGGACCACUUCUUACUGUUACUCAGUGUUGUACUAAAAGGUGAAAGAUCA